GUGCAUCAGUUCCUGUUUUUAUAAUGAGGUACAACGAUGACGCAGUAUUUCCAAAUAUUGCGAAAUAUUGUGAAAAUCAUAAUUAUUUGUUGCCAAACAAACUUUCAAGGACCUAAUGCACGCGACGAGAUGUACAUAAACAAAUAAUUUUAAUGAAUACGCAUGCGCUAUGUUGAAAUUCGCUCAUUAUACAUAAGCAAGAUGGUGGCAAUGUGUUUUGUCCGUUACAACAACACCGGCGUGUGAAUUUAAUCGUGAUAACUGUGGUAUUUUAAGUGUUAUUUUAGUGUAUCCGGUGUAAAAACGUUGUAUAUUGGUUAUUAAUCAUGUUUGGAAGGCCAAGUGGCUUCGGAACACAGCCUAACACGUUUGGUUUCGGAACAACUGCCUCAAAUACUUUCGGUCAAUCUAAUCAAUUGUUUGGAAGCACAGCGGGAGGAUUUAAUUCUGCAGCGCCAGUUUUUGGAUCAGCAAACACUCAACCCAUGUUUGGAACAACACCAUCAUCUGCAACACCCUUGUUUGGUACCUCUAAUACCUCAACGUUUGGUCAACCAUCCCAAACUGGAUUUGGAUCAUCAUUAUUUGGAACAACUGCCCAAGCUUCUAGUAGUGGCUUAUUUGGGACAUCUAACACAACAACAUUUGGUACACCAAAUAAAUCCAGUGGAUUUGGCUUUCCCUCAAGUAGUGGUGGAGGUUUAUUCUCUCAAAGCAAUCAAACACCACAGCAAAGUACUUCUGUGUUUCAAUCAAACACAACACCAGGACUAUUUGGUGGAACAAACACCUUUGGGGCAAAUACUGGACAAUUAGGAACUGUUAUAAAAUUUGUGCCUGUUACUGGAACAGAUUCCGUUCAAAAGUCAGGUCUUGUUCAAUCAAUAAACACAAAACAUCAUUGUAUAACAUGUAUGAAAGAAUAUGAGGGAAAAUCCCUUGAAGAAUUACGAUUUGAAGACUAUCAAAGAAAAAAUAAAGGUCAACAACCGUUUGGCCAACCACAACCUUUUGGAAUUGCAUCAACUUCAUCAUCAAUUUUUGGACAACCAGAUAAAUCAACGUUUGGUGCUCCAAGAACUGAUUUUGGAACGUCAACAUUUGGCAUGGCAACCCAAACAACAACUCCAAACAUGUUUGGAAAACCUGCAACUGGUUUUGGAGCUGCAACUUCAGCAACCGCCUUUCCAUUUGCUGCAAAUACCUCUUCAUCCGGGUUAUUCGGAUCGACAACAGCUCCUAAACCAUUUGCCGCCCCAACUAAUCAAAUGUUUGGUGCAACUCAACCACAACAAAAUACUUUUGGAAAUGUUUUUGGACAAACAACAAAUCAAAACUCGGGUGGCGGUAUUUUCGGCAAACCAACUACCACUGGAUUUAAUACAACUCAGUCUGGUUUUCCUUUUGGUACAGCACAACCUACCCAAACUAAUCUAUUUCAACCUCCAAAACCCAACACAGGAUUUGGAAUUUUCGGACAAACAAACCCUCAAGUUCCUACAUUUGGCCAACAACAGCAGCAACCCAGCUUUGGACUCUCCCAAACAUUCGGAAAAACAACUCAACCACCCUUCGGACAACCCACACAGUCAACAUUCGGCACCCCAUCUAUUUUUGGAAACCAACAAAAUAAAUGUGUGUUUGGAAAUACUUCGGGAACAUCUCUUUUUGGAAACACAUUCCAACAAAAUACACCAUUUCAACUCAAUACACAACAACAACAGCAGACUCCAACUUUUAAUCAAUUGGAGACUCAAGCACAAGAAUUAAGAGCAUUGGUUCAUUUCACUGACCCAUAUGGUUACAACAACCACUUAAAAGGAUUAUCACCUUUAAAACCUUCAAGUGCUGCAUACGUAACGAAUCCAAAAGAUAUACAAAAGCUUUUAGAAUCGCCUCCUCCGAUAGCGGUGGUUUCCCCGAUGAACAAAAAAUUGUCGGUAUUGCCGAUAUCUGCAAAGAAAACGAAUUUAUUCGAUGAUAUGUUUGAAAAGGAAACUCCGGAAAAUAUAAACUUUACGUUGAGAACGUCAGCGAAGCGUUUGGUGAUUCGUAAAGAUCGUGUAAAAGAUGUUGGUGAGAGCCCGAAAAUUUCGUUGUUGGAUGCAAGCGAUACGGGUAGUUCGGUUAAUAUAACGGCAAGCGCUUCUACGUUGGAUAUAGUUCCAGCUGAAUCAUACAAAGAUUCAUCAACUUUGGAUGCUCAGGAUUCGAUGACAUCUUUAAUGACUUUUAAUUCAAAUUUAAUCAUGGAUAACACCAAUACCGAUACUAUUUCUAUAAGUUUAACACAAGCGAGUGGCGAUACUAUAACAACUCAAUUGAGGUUGGAUGAAGACCUAACGGAUGAAACAUCUCAAAUUGAUUCAUGUGGGGUGAAAUUAACUCGACCUGAAUAUUACACUGUUCCACCAUUAGAUAAAUUAAUAGAACAUAAACAAAGUGAUGGAAAAUGUUUAGUAAAAGGAUUUACCAUUGGAAGAGUAGCUUAUGGAAACGUAUCUUUCCCUGAUGUUAUGGACGUUUCAAACCUUAAUCUUGACGAAUUAGUACAUUUCCGCUACAGAGAAGUAACCAUUUAUCCUGAUGAUUCGAAAAAGCCACCGUUAGGUGAAGGAUUAAAUAGAAGAGCCCAAGUUACGUUAGAUCGUGUUUAUCCUAAAUCAAAAAUGGAUCGAAAAUUAAUCACAGAUGUGGAUAUGUUAAUUUCAAUUAAUUUUUCAGAUACAUUGCGGGAUCUUUGUGAAAAGCAUGGCACAAAAUUUUUGGAUUAUCGCCCUGAAACGGGGUCGUGGGUUUUUAUGGUCGAUCAUUUUUCCAAAUAUGCGUUUGAUGACGGUGAAGAACCACCAGAAAAUAAAGAUAACUGCGAUAAAUUCUCCGGUUUAGAGAAGCAGAAAAAUGGUGUAGAUGUUAUUAAAGGAGAUAUACUUCCUAAUGGGAUUAUCACAAGAGAUGUUAAUAACAAGAGCGAUUUUGAACAUAAUCAUGUCAUAAAAAGCAUAGAUGAUAUACAAAUUGAUGUGGAAAUGUUUAACGGAAUCGAAGAGGAUUCGUUAGGUCCAAAUGGGGCUAGUAUAGAAACCCUCGAUUUUGAUUAUAGUAGUUUGAGAGACACCGAAAGUGAUCAACACUCACUUGCGACUACAUUAAUUUCAAGAACAAGUCUGGAUGGUGCUUCACCUAAAAGUAUUUUCGUGAUGAAAUCAUCGCUAUUUGACCAAACAGCUUUGGAAGUUAUCGAAGGCGAAGAUGAGGUCCUUGAUACAACGAUGAGAAGGUCGUCUAUGGCACAAAUAAUGAAGCGCGGACUCGCAGUCAAAGAAGCAGAGAAACAACUUCGAAAACCAGUUAUAAUAAAACCGAUUAUUUUCCCACUCGUUGACGGCGAUUUAUUUUUUGAUAAACCUAUGUAUAACCCAAGAAAUCAUCUUGAUGCUUCAAUUUUUAAAGGGUCUUCUUUUAAAGUGGGCUGGGGACGCGGGUUGGUUUUAGUAAAUCCGAGCCAUUUUAGUAGAAUGGCGGAUGAAUUAGAUUCUGAUUGUCCGGAAGAUUCAAUAGCAAAUACUGUCCAAAUGGUCGAUUUUUCGGGAUUAAACGAAUUCGAUCCUUUUGAAGGAAAAUUUGAAGAACAUUUACAAAUUGUUUUGGAUACAUCCGAUAUUGUGAUGGAUGAGAACAAUAUUCCACUGUUUACAAUUAGGCAAGGAAGAGCGUCUCUUUUGAAACAUCAAGCAUUAGCGAUAGAAACUGCUAAAGAAUAUCCUGAUAAUCCGAUGGUGUCUUAUUACGAAGAAAUUUGGAAUUUAUGUACCGCAUUUUGGGGCCCAAUAACACCGCCAACAACCAGGCGUGACUUAUUCUCGACUUGGUUAGAAAGAGUCGUUAAAGCAACCGUCGACGAUGAAUUAACCGCUUUAUCUGAAGAAGAGGUCGAAGACGAAGAAAUUCUUUACAAAAGAAUAUUUAUAAACCUAACUGGAAAUAGAGUAGAGAAAGCCGCUGAAUUGGCGGUUGAUAAUGAAUUGUUUAAUUUAUCUCUGCUGUUGAGUCAAUUAAAUUGUAGCGAAUCCACAAAAUCGAUUGCGAGUAAACAGUUAGACCAUUGGAAUAUAUCUACAAGUGGGGAUCACAUAGAUCCAUCGUUCCUAAAGAUUUACAUGUUGGUAGCUGGGCAAAACGUAAAUGGAACUAAAGAUAUCACAACAACGGAUGUUUUUAGUGUGUGCGAAGACUUAGAUUGGAAAAGAUGUUUAGCUGUUAUGUUGUGGUUUAUUUCAAAAGGAUAUCAAGAUAUAACGCAGGCCGUCGACUUAUUCCAAGAAGAUUUUGAAAGCUUUGGGUUAUCAGCAAGACCUCUUCCACCUGGUGCACAAGAUACAAAAGUGUUAGAUAUACUUUAUCAUCUUAUGUUAUUACAUUGUCAUAGAUCAAAAUCAUUAGAACCCGUUUUAGAACCAGAAACCCAUUCUCUUUUACCCACAGACUACCGUUUUAGUUGGUUAAUGUUACACACAUUACUAGGUUUAGAGGUAGGCUCAAUCAGCCAUUUAGCAAAAACGUAUAUGACCACUUGUUUAGCGCAACAACUCGAAAGUAUGGAGUUAUACAAAUGGGCGAUAUUCGUAUUGCUAUUUAUAGAGGAUAUUAAUUUGCGAACAAAUUCUAUUAAAGGAGUCUUGUAUAGAAAUUUGCCUCAAGAUGUAAGAGAAAAUGAUUUGGAAGAGAUAUUAGUAAGAGAACUUUGUAUUCCCACAGAAUGGAUACAUGAAGUAAAAGCUCAUAAAUCAGGUAUACUUGGUAAAGAUUGGGAGGCAUAUAGGCAUUUUGCAAAAGCUGGUAAUUGGGAAAAAACCCUGGAAAUGGUUAUAAAUAAUAUUGUACCUUCAUUACUAAUAAAUGAUCAUUUUGAUUUAGUUCGAUACCUUCUUAAAGAUAUUGAACCGGGUUGUCGAAAUCUCGAUAGUUGGGAAUCGCAAGGUGGCCUUUUAUUAAUGUUCCUAGAUAUACACGAAAAAUUUUCAGAAAAAGCUUCUAUUGAUAUAGAAGAUGCAGCCCUUAUCCACAGUUUAUUAGCCAAUGUGUGUUUUGGUCUUAACCAAUUCCCAACUAAAACGGACGCUCAAUUUGCCGGUUUAGCAGAAAUCGCAAAAUAUUGUCAUUUAUACAGAGAACUUUUAUACGCGCAAAUACCGGCAAUCCCAUUUCCAAUAACACUCCCGGAAAGUCAACUAACAGCUAUCGGUAUGCCGCCCGAUUACCAAAUGGAAGAUGUUGAAGAUUGCAAAUAUUCAAACGUUAGCUCUAAACCUGAAAGUAUCGAUUCUUCGUCAAUUAAAUGGGAUGACCACAUGAUUUUUGAAUCCACCAUUAAUAUUGGAGACGCGUAAUUUUUGUUCUAUAUUCUGUAUUUUCGUUUUUCUCGUUAUAAAUGUCUUUUUUUUUCGAAAUCGUUAAAUAUUGUCGUUUGUACAGAUCGCUGACGUUUAUACAUUUAAGUAAACCGAUUAUCUGCAACACUAUGUCUUAUGUAACACUACCGUUUAAGGAAAAUCGUUUUCUAGUAAUUGGAAAUAAUUCUUUGAUUUGUAUUUGUGAAUUCAAUAAACUUUCUUAUAUUAAAAAAUUAA